UUUUAUUAAAAAAUAUUUAUUUUUUCAAGUAAAAAUCAACAAAGACCAAACAUGCCUUUUCCUGGAGAUACUAAGAUAUGUGCCGAAAGGGAAUUUAUAAGAACAGAUAACUUUGAGGAUAAAUUUGAAGUGGCAUGGAAGUUUGCAGUUCCAUAUAUUAAUGAAAGUCUAGAUGAUCAAGGAAGCAAGUCAGUUGUUGAUUCAAUACAUUGGCGUACAACUGGUAACGAUGAAUACACAGCUACUUUAAAAAAUAAAGAUUAUUUAUGCAAAUCAAUUGAGGCAUACACCAAGAGUAUUGCUUAUGCACCAGUUGGAUCCACUGAAUUAUCAUUGGCUUAUGCAAAUCGUUCAGCUGUAUUAUGCAAAGCAAGACUCUAUGAAGAUUGUCUUGUUGAUAUUGAACGUGCAUUAACAUCAGGCUAUCCAGACAAUUUAAAAACAAAGCUAUUUGUUCGUCAAGCAUGGUGCUUCAAAGCCUUGAAACCAGACUACGAUAUUGAUUCAAGUAGUUCAAUAGCCAAUGCAAUGCAAUGGCUACCUAAUUUGAAAGAAAACAACCCAAAUUAUAACAUAGAACAUGAACAUUCAAAAAUGAUGAAUGAACUUGGUGCACCACGUGAUAUUAUUAAAUUUUUACCAGAAAUAAAAAAAGCUAAUUCGAUAAUUGUUGAUGGAUCUGAUGCAAUCGAUUUAAAAAUAACAAAUACUGGUCAACAUAUUAUUGCUAAAAAAAUGAUUAAAUCUGGUGAAUUUAUUUACAUUUCUGAGCCAUUUUCAGCAACUGUUAUCGAUGAAUUACGUUUUACAAAUUGUUGGCAUUGUUGUCGUCGAACUUUGACUGGUGUACCAUGUGAUAAUUGUCCAGCUAUUAUUUAUUGCUCUGACACAUGUAAAAAAAAAGCAUGGGAUAGCUAUCAUAAUAUUGAAUGUUUAGUAUUAGGACAACUUUUAAAGAUUGACAAAAUUAAUAUAGCAGAUUUAUUAGCAAUAAAAACUUUUUUAAAAGCACUCAACUCUGUAGAUAGUUUGAGUGAAUUAAAUGAACAAAUAGACAAUAUUGACUCGAUAAAAAAUACAGGAUUCAUGUUUUCUCAUGGAAAACUUGAUGCUAAUUCUAUUGAUAAUUAUCGUUAUCUUGAUUAUUUUAAAGCAACAUCAACUGAGUGUACAUUCGAAUCAGCAUUACUUGCUGUAUUGGUUGUUGCAAUUUUUGGUCAAAAAACAGAAAUAUUAGGUAAAAAAAUGACACUGAAAGAUUUGACUGAGAGUAAAAUAAAAAAUAUAUUCAAUUUGGGAAAAUUAAUAUUGCGAUAUACGAUGGUUGUUCGUCGUAAUUCUCCACAUUUUAUAGAAACAGAAACUGAGGAUUCAUCUGUAUCGUCAAGUGUCAUGAUACCAUUUUGUAGAUUAUUAAAAAAAAGCUGUGAUCCUAAUGUUGAUUGGACUUAUGUGGGUUCAAAUGUUGGAUUUUAUGCUAUCAAACCAAUCAAGCAGGGAAAACAGAUACUUUUGAGUACUGCUGGUUCAUAUCAUCUGACUCCAAGAAUCGAUCGGUAUAUACGAUUAGCACCCACUACAACUGAUUAUAUACCAUGUAAAUGUAAAGCAUGUGAUGAAAACUGGCCAACUAUACAAUUCCUUCAAUCUUACGAGAGUAUGUCGUCAAACAAGAUAAGAAUGUUGUCAAAAAAAAUAAAGGCAGAACUUGAUUCCAUGAUGCAAGAAUUUAAAGAGUGCCAAGAACUCUUUGAAGAAGGAGAUAAUACAAAAUUAUUAACGAUUAAAGAUACUUUGAGUAGCAUUAAUGACAAGUUCCAUCACUACAUCAAUGUUCCCUGCAAAGAAAUAUCACACUUGUAUUUAUUAUUAAAAAAAUUGUACGUCCGUUUACAUACAGUUCAUGAUACUCUCGAGUAAUUAUUUAUCAACAGAACA